AUGUACAAAUAUUGGGGAAAGACAUUAGAAAACAAGAAAACUAAUGACUAUAAGACUAUUGGAAGUCAAGGACUAACAGAUACAACUAUCAAUCGAAGUCAGAAUUAUAAAGAAAAGCCUAAGACAGAAUAUAAAGGAAGGAUCGAAACAAUUACCUCUAUCACUGCUACUCACUGUCCUGACACAGAAACAAAUCCUACAAUAGCAAAAGUACCUGACAAGAAGGAAGUUAAAAUGGAUUUAGCACAACUACAACUAUUAUUGGAUAAAUUUGCCCUGCAAUUUGAAGAUGCAACAAAAAGGAUUAUCAAAGCCAAUAAAGGCCAUAUUGCACAUAAUUGUACUCUUCCUAAAAAUAAUCAAAACCAGCAGAAUGAAUAUUAUAACAAGAAUAAUCAAUCUAAAAAGCAAAAAGUACAAAUAUCAAAAAAUAAUGAAUCAGGUGAUCACAAUAAAGAUGAUGCUGAUGAAUUGUUCGAUGAGCUCGAAUACAAAAGUGAAGAGCUUGAAGAACUUGAAAGAUUUUUGUUCAACUGUGUUCUAUCUAAUAAAGAAAGUGCUAAAGAAACAAGAAAAAGUAAAAAAAUAGUGAAAACUAAAAGCCUGGCUGUAUAUUUGGCAGUAAUAGAAAAAAUUCUAACUAGAAAAAAGGUUACUGUUGAAGAAAAACUAACAAUUGAGGAAUAG